AUGAAUAUGAAUCCCCAGAGUCGCGAUCUAAAGACGCCCAAGAGAUCCAAGAGAAUUAAUUCCGCGCCUCCAAAACCCCGUAAUGCCAAGGCCAGUGAUGUCACGGUUGACUCGGAUGUGAUUAAUACGACAGCGCGGCCUUGUGGCGUCGAUAGUAAUUCGAGGGAGUUGAGCGAGUUGAUUACCUGGAAGCAGAUUGCUGCUAGCCCAACGGUGUCGGCUAGCUUCGACGAUAAACGACAGCCCGAGUGGACUCGAAGUGUAGAGAAAUUGGAUCGGACUUAUCUGAUCAAGGAAUCGAGAGAAGUUUGUCUCGCUCGAGUGAGACCUGAUUCGUCUUAUGCGAUCACACCCCCGAGAAUGGAAGAAUUCCCCGCUGCGGGGGGCGAUAAAUCUUUCGUUGUCGAUCGGAAUGAAGAAAUUAAUGAUAAAACCCCACUGUCGCCCCCCAGACCGAUAGACCUCUGGGAAUUCUCGAAAAUAACGCGGAUUCCUCCCAUUAAAAUCUCCGACGCGAUACCAAUGACCGCCGACUCGCUCGAUUCAGCCAGAUCCAGUGGUAAUUUCGUGAGGAAACGGUUACGAAAGAAGAUGAACCUCCUCCGGGAGAGCACGGACUCCCUGGUGUCUUCGUUUGACGCGUCGAAUGACAACGCGCAGCCUGACAAUUCUUCAGGAGACAAAUUCCAAGUGUUGCCGAGCGUUGCGGGGGUUCCGAGAGAGCCCCCUUUCCGCCAGGGCAGAAGGAGAGUCUCGUAUUGGGAGAGAGCCGUGAGAAAUUCUAAGAAUAGGCUCGGGACUCUCGCACUCCGGCGACUCGAGCCCUCGAGAAAUCCCUUGAUCCUUCCCCCGGUGAUUUCGCUUCAUCAGAGGUAA